CUUGGUCUGCUGAAGCUCCACUGUCUGUGUGAAAGGAUCUAUCGCACAAAGGGGCAGCAGCGAGAAUUGCGUGACCAUGUAGUGAAGUUCCAUGAAUGCGUGGAGGAGAUGGAGCUGUACUGUGGCAUGUGUGGAGAAUCUAUUGGGGAGAAGAACAACCAGCUGCAGGCGCUGCCUUGCUCCCACUUCUUCCACUUAAAGUGCCUGCAAACCAACGGGACGCGGGGCUGCCCCAACUGCCGCCGGCUGUCGGUGAAACCCGGAUACGUGUGAUCGCGGACGCCGCCGGGCACGGGAACCGCGGCGCCUCCUGCUGGGGGCGGCGGGGAGGGUCCUCGGGGCGCCCUCGGUGUCACCGCAUCGGGGCGCCUCUCUUCGCGCACUGCUGUACGCGCGCUGACCGGAAUAAACGCUGCCGCCGCCACCAGCCCGUAUGCCGCGUGAGGGCGGGCGGGCGCGGGGAGGGGGAGUGGCGCUCGCGAUGGCACCGCCCCCACCAAGAUGGCGGCGGAGGCAUCACGCAGCAGAUUUGGCAGGAGCACGUGACCGGCGCGGCGGCCGCUGUCUUCCCGACCGCAGAUUCGGCACGGGAGGUGCCGCGCAGCGGGGCGCCGAGGGCCGGAGUCGCGGCGGGAACGGGGUGGGGCGCGAGCCCCCUACGGCCGUCGCCGCUGCCGCUCUGCUGUGCGCCCCGCGUCUGGCGGCGGGAGAGCCGGAUCCGCCGUGAGGAAUCGGCCGCGCGCCGCGCGCUCGCUGAGAGAAAGAUGGCGUCGGUGUGGGAUGAGUCGGAGGAUGGCGUUGGCGAGGAGGUGUUGAAGAUGUCUACGGAGGAGAUCGUGCAGCGCACCCGCCUGCUCGACAGCGAGAUCAAGAUCAUGAAGAGCGAAGUGCUGAGAGUGACCCACGAGCUUCAGGCCAUGAAAGAUAAGAUCAAAGAGAACAGUGAGAAGAUCAAAGUGAACAAAACUCUGCCGUACCUUGUCUCAAAUGUUAUUGAGCUAUUGGAUGUUGACCCCAACGACCAGGAGGAGGAUGGAGCAAAUAUUGACCUGGAUUCCCAGAGAAAGGGCAAGUGUGCUGUCAUCAAGACCUCUACACGCCAGACGUAUUUCCUGCCUGUUAUCGGGUUGGUUGACGCUGAGAAGUUGAAGCCUGGAGAUCUAGUGGGUGUGAACAAGGACUCUUACUUGAUCUUGGAGACUCUGCCAACUGAAUAUGAUUCACGGGUGAAAGCCAUGGAAGUGGAUGAGAGACCCACAGAGCAGUACAGCGACAUCGGGGGGCUUGAUAAACAAAUCCAAGAGCUUGUGGAGGCCAUCGUCCUGCCCAUGAAUCAUAAGGAGAAAUUUGAAAACUUGGGUAUACAGCCUCCUAAAGGAGUCCUUAUGUAUGGGCCUCCAGGAACAGGGAAGACGCUUCUAGCUCGAGCAUGUGCUGCCCAGACCAAGGCUACGUUCCUGAAACUUGCAGGGCCGCAACUUGUGCAGAUGUUCAUCGGUGAUGGAGCCAAGCUGGUACGAGAUGCUUUUGCUCUAGCCAAGGAAAAAGCUCCUUCCAUCAUCUUUAUUGAUGAAUUGGAUGCCAUUGGCACUAAAAGGUUUGAUAGUGAAAAGGCUGGUGAUCGGGAAGUGCAGAGGACCAUGCUGGAGCUGCUUAAUCAACUUGAUGGUUUCCAGCCCAAUACACAAGUCAAGGUGAUUGCUGCAACCAACCGCGUCGAUAUCUUGGACCCUGCCUUGCUCCGCUCUGGACGAUUGGAUCGUAAGAUUGAGUUCCCAAUGCCUAACGAGGAGGCCAGAGCCAGAAUUAUGCAGAUCCAUUCACGCAAAAUGAAUGUCAGCCCUGAUGUAAACUAUGAGGAACUGGCUCGUUGCACAGACGAUUUCAAUGGUGCCCAGUGCAAAGCUGUAUGCGUUGAAGCGGGGAUGAUUGCCCUCCGCCGUGGAGCAACAGAGCUCACCCAUGAGGAUUACAUGGAAGGAAUCUUAGAAGUUCAAGCAAAGAAAAAAGCCAACCUGCAGUACUAUGCCUGAUCUCUGCCCAGGCAAGGCAGCGGCCGUGGCAGAGGACAGGACUAGUCCGGACUGUACCCCUUACUUUCUGUCUGGAAAAAAUAAAGCCUUUUUUUGCUCUGAAA